UACCCGCCAGAUCUCUUUUUGUUGAAUUUUUUUUUGCAGAAUUGUUCGGCUCCAGGAAACGGUGUGAAGAGGAUCAAGGCUUCUGUCAGUCCUGGGAAGGCAGACUGCUGAGAGAAGGGAGAGGCAGCGAGACCUGGGGCUGAGACACCAUAAGAUAAAAGAAGCAAAACUUGUUAUGGCUUCAUAGAUUUGACCCAUCAUUGAAUUUGACGAUUCCCAAUUUUGCAAUUUCUUGUUUCUUUUGGAACUCAGCCGUUGCCGGGAGCUGCUCAGGAUGGAUGAUCGGAAUCGGUGGAGAUGGAAGAGGAGAUAUUGGGACUCUAUUCUAACGCUGCAAAUUGCCAUCCUUUCAUUAACAACUUACGCCAGUGCAGUGGAGCCAGUGGACAUCCUGAAGAUACUAGAACUUCACACUUUACCUGAUGGAAUACAGAAAAUAACAGGGCUUUGUCCCAACAGAAAAUUGACCAGAACUGCAGAUGUUGCCUAUAAGGUCACGAAAUUGGCCCAGCUCAGUGCACCAACUAAACAGUUAUACCCAGACACGCCAUUCCCCGAGGAUUUCUCCAUCCUGAUGACGGUGCGAUCCCAGAAAGGGAGGAGUGCAUUCCUGCUGUCCAUUUACAACGAGCAGGGCAUCCAGCAGCUGGGCGUGGAAAUUGCACGCAGCCCCGUGUUCCUCUACGAAGACCAGACAGGGAAGCCAAGUCCUGAGGAAUAUCCCAUCUUCAGUGGAGUCAACUUGUCUGAUGGGAAGUGGCAUCGAGUCGCAAUCAGCGUUCACAAGAAGACCGCCACGAUGAUUGUGGACUGCAAGAAGAAGUUCACGAAGACGUUAAACAGGAGCAGGCGGCCGGAGAUUGACACAAAUGGCAUCGUGGUGUUCGGCACGAGGAUACUGGAUGAAGAUGUCUUCGAGGGGGAUAUCCAGCAACUCUUGAUCGUACCUGACCACAGAGCAGCUCAUGACUACUGCGAGCACUAUAGUCCUGACUGUGACACCCCGUUCCCUGAAUCACCACAGUCUCAGGAUCCCAACGUCGACGACCUUGAUCCCACGGAGGAUAAUUACUAUUACGAAUAUCCUUAUUAUGAAGAAUUCCCAGAUGACUAUACCGAUAAGCCCUCUGAAAAGUUGCCGGAGUACGGAGAACAGAUCAACGGUCCUAUCACCGAACUGCCAGAUCAAGAAGUGACUGUGACCGAAAGGAUGGAGGAGGUGAUUGAGGAAACCACGCCGACUGUCCGUGAAACCACCCCUGCAGAAUACCCCAUUGUGGAAACAGGCUACUAUGAUAGCUACGGCGAUGAAUAUUAUUACCCAAUGUUGACAAUCACAGACAGUAAUUUGGACAAAGAGGACGGUCUCGUGACUUCAGGGCAAGGAUUUGAUAACGAGACGAGCCACACCUACGUACCCAGCCUUAACGACACUGAAUACGAAGGAGGCUCUGAAAGCACCAUUGAGAUUGUCAGCGAAGCAGUACCUGGCCAAGGGACAACAUCUGAAGAGAAAUUCAACGUAACACUGAUCAGUGAAAAUAAUACCGACGCAUAUGACUAUGACAUAUACGAUGUUUACUACGAGUAUGAUGAUGAUGUUACUGACCCCAAUGCAGAUCUUGGCCCUGGUUCGCCAGCCAUUACUGACUAUGACCGUGGCAGGGGCGGAGCUUUGAGAGGCGAGAAGGGUCAGAAGGGAGAGCCAGCCAUCAUUGAACCUGGAAUGCUGGUUGAGGGGCCCCCGGGUAUGGAAGGUCCACCUGGAAGUCCAGGCCAUCCUGGGCCUCCUGGUCCUCCCGGCCCCGUUGGUGAUCCUGGUUUGAGGGGUCUGCUAGGUCGAUCCGGCCUUCCUGGAGCCGAUGGGUUACCUGGACCUCCAGGGACUGUCCUCAUGCUGCCUUUCCGGUUCACCGGCGGCGGCAGUGCCGGAGAGAAGGGACCAAUGGUGUCGGCGCAAGAAGCCCAAGCACAGGCGAUACUACAGCAGGCCCGGCUGGCAUUGCGGGGUCCAACAGGUCCAAUGGGGUUGACUGGCCGGCCUGGCCCCAUGGGGCCACCUGGUUACCUCGGAAUAAAAGGUGAUAUGGGAGACAUGGGUCCUCAGGGUCCAAGAGGUGCCCAAGGUCCACCUGGUCCCACCGGAAAGCCAGGCCGCAGGGGUCGACCAGGAACUGACGGAGCCAGAGGGAUCCCAGGGACUACUGGACGAAAGGGUGACCGAGGAUUCGAUGGACUGCCUGGACUCCCGGGUGAGAAGGGCAGCAGAGGAGAUGCGGGGCCUCAAGGACAACCUGGGCCAUCGGGAGAGGAUGGAGAGCGGGGGGAUGAUGGAGAAGUUGGCCCAAGAGGGUUACCCGGUGAACCAGGCCCCCGUGGUUUACUCGGACCAAAGGGACCGGCAGGACUUCCCGGACCCCCUGGAAUUACAGGAAUGGAUGGUCACAGUGGCCCCAAGGGAAGUCAGGGCCCUCAAGGUGAACCCGGACCUCCUGGGCAGCAAGGGAACCCUGGUGCUCAGGGUCUUCCGGGGCCACAAGGUGCUAUCGGACCCCCGGGAACUAAGGGCCCCACCGGUAAACCAGGUCUUCCUGGAGUCCCAGGAGCUGACGGACCCCCGGGUCACCCAGGCAAGGAGGGUCCUCCUGGCGAGAAAGGAAGUCCGGGUCCAGCAGGGCCACAGGGUCCCAUCGGAUAUCCUGGUCCACGGGGCAUUAAGGGUGCCGAUGGUGUUCGUGGUUUGAUGGGACAUAAAGGUGAGAAGGGUGAAGAUGGAUUCCCAGGUUUCAAGGGUGACAUGGGAAUAAAGGGCGACAGAGGUGAGCUUGGUCCUGCAGGCCCCAGGGGAGAAGAUGGCCCGGAAGGCCCCAAAGGCCGUGUGGGACCUUCUGGAGAUCCUGGCCCAGCUGGGCCAACCGGUGAAAAGGGAAAGCUCGGCGUUCCUGGAUUGCCGGGAUAUCCGGGAAGACAAGGCCCUAAAGGUUCGAUCGGAUUCCCCGGAUUCCCAGGAGCAAGUGGUGAGAAAGGAGUGAGGGGCAGUCCAGGAAAAUCAGGACCAAGAGGACAGAGAGGCCCGACGGGUCCCCGGGGCGAACGUGGUCCGAGAGGAUCCACUGGGAAAGCCGGCCCGAAGGGUAGCUCAGGAAGUGAUGGCCCACCUGGUCCUUCUGGUGAGAGGGGACCACCUGGACCUCAGGGACCAAUGGGGUUUGCUGGACCUAAAGGCCCCCCUGGCCCAGCUGGGAAAGAUGGAUUGCCUGGACACCCUGGGCAACGAGGGGAAACUGGUUUCCAAGGCAAGACAGGUCCGCCUGGCCCUCCUGGUGUUGUUGGUCCUCAGGGUCCUACAGGAGAGACUGGUCCCCUCGGGGAACGUGGUCAUCCAGGUCCGCCUGGACCACCUGGAGAACAAGGUUUGCCAGGGCCUGCUGGGAAAGAAGGUGCAAAGGGUGACCCUGGUCCAGCAGGACCUGUUGGGAAGGAUGGUCCACCAGGCCUCAGAGGAUUCACUGGUGACCGAGGACUCCCUGGACCCACCGGUCAGAUCGGUUUGAAGGGCAGCGAAGGACCUCCUGGCCCCCCAGGCCCACUGGGUUCUCCAGGCGACCGUGGACAGGCUGGGCCAGCAGGGCCGAUUGGUCUCCCCGGCCGACCUGGACCUCAGGGACCUCCAGGCCCUGCUGGUGAAAAGGGAGCCCCUGGUGAGAAAGGUCCUCAGGGUCCAGCUGGUCGAGAUGGAAUCCAAGGUCCUGUAGGUCUCCCAGGUCCAGCAGGACCAGCAGGUCCACCAGGAGAGGAUGGAGACAAGGGUGAAGCUGGUGAGCCAGGACAAAAGGGCAGCAAGGGUGACAAGGGUGAACAGGGUCCACCAGGUCCUCAAGGUUCUCAAGGGCCCAUUGGACAACCUGGACCAGCCGGUGCUGAUGGUGAACCUGGUCCCAGAGGGCAGCAAGGUCUCUUUGGUCAGAAAGGCGAUGAAGGCCCCAGGGGUUUCCUUGGUCCUCCUGGUCCAGUUGGUCUUCAGGGGUUACCUGGCCCUCAGGGUGAGAAAGGUGAAACCGGAGAUGUUGGACCAAUGGGUCCUCCUGGCCCACCAGGACCCAGAGGUCCACCUGGCUCUCCAGGGGCAGAUGGUCCACAAGGUCCUUCGGGAGGAAUUGGUAAUCCAGGACCUGUGGGAGAGAAGGGCGAUUCUGGUGAACCAGGUGCCCCAGGACCUACAGGAUAUAUAGGUCUGCCAGGGCCAAAAGGCGAACGCGGGGAGAAAGGUGAGGCCGGCCCGUCUGGUGCUGCUGGGCCUCCUGGUCCGAAAGGCCCUCCUGGUGACGACGGUCCGAAGGGGAGCCCUGGACCAGUCGGCUUCCCUGGUGACCCUGGCCCUCCUGGUGAAGCUGGACCUCCGGGUCAAGACGGACCUGCAGGAGAGAAGGGGGAAGAUGGAGAACCUGGACAAACUGGUUCCCCUGGUCCAACCGGUGAGGUAGGGCCACCUGGUCCUCCAGGAAAGAGGGGUCCUCAUGGUCCUCCAGGCCCUGAAGGAAGGCAAGGAGAGAAGGGAGCCAAGGGAGAUGCAGGUGCUGAAGGUCCGCCUGGCAAGACAGGCCCAGUGGGUCCACAGGGAUCACCAGGAAAACCCGGAUCUGAAGGUUUGCGAGGGAUUCCAGGUCCUGUUGGUGAGCAAGGUGUGCCCGGUCUUCCUGGGCCAACAGGUCCACCUGGCCCAAUGGGUCCUCCUGGACUACCAGGCCUCAAGGGUGAUCCUGGUAUAAAGGGCGAAAAGGGUCACCCAGGUUUGAUCGGAUUGAUUGGGCCUCCGGGAGAACAGGGGGAGAAAGGUGACAGGGGUCUGCCAGGCCCUCAGGGAUCCGUAGGUCCAAAAGGAGAUUCGGGUGUCCAAGGACAGUCCGGCCCUAUCGGUCCUCCGGGUCCCCCUGGAUUAACUGGUCCUCCUGGUCCUAAAGGGUCGAAAGGCUCGACUGGUCUCACUGGUCCCAAAGGUGAAACAGGAACGCCAGGACCCCCCGGUCCUCCUGGUCCCGUCGGCGAAAUCAUUCAGUCCCUCCCAUUCCAUUCUUCGAAGAGAGCCAGGCGUUCCAUUGACGCAAGCCAAUUGUUAGAAGAGGGAAGUCCGGAGAAUUACCUGGAUUACGCUGAUGGCAUGGAAGAGAUCUUUGGCUCCCUGAAUUCGCUGAAACUGGAGAUAGAACAGAUGAAACACCCCAUGGGCACUCAGACCAAUCCAGCACGGACCUGCAAGGAUUUAUACCUCUGCCACCCCGACUUCCCCGACGGUGAAUAUUGGAUUGAUCCAAACCAAGGCUGCUCCAGGGACUCAUUCAAGGUCUUCUGUAAUUUCACAUCCGGAGGUGAAACGUGCAUCUUCCCGGACAAGAAAUCAGAAGGAAGCAAAAUGGCUCGCUGGCCGAAAGAGCAGCCGGGUGCAUGGUAUAGUCAGUACAAGCGAGGUGCCCUGCUUUCCUACGCAGACGCAGAAGGCAAUCCCAUCGGAGUGGUGCAGAUGACCUUCCUCCGGCUGCUGAGUGCCUCUGCCCAUCAGAACCUCACCUACAACUGCCACCAGACGGUGGCCUGGUACGACUCGACCACAGACAGCUAUGACAAGGCCAUUCGCUUCCUGGGCUCAAACGACGAGGAGAUGUCGUAUGACAACAACCCUUAUAUCAUUGCCAUCAUGGACAGAUGUGCAGAGAAGAAGGGUUAUCAGAAGACGAUAUUAGAAAUCAACACCCCCAAAGUGGAGCAGCUCCCGUUCAUCGAUAUCAUGUUCAACGACUUUGGAGAGUCAGGCCAGAAAUUCGGCUUUGAAAUUGGACCUGUCUGUUUCGUGGGAUAAAAGAAACCAAAUCAAAACUUUACUGAUUUUUUAAAAAAUGUCUAAACACACAUACACACACAAACACAAACACAUACAGAGGAAGAAUGGAAGUCUGCAAAGUGAACAACACUGUAACCUCAAUGUGCAGAUUUUAAGAUGUAUGAUCUCAGAGACUGCAGGGCAUGGAGCCACUGUCCAACUCUAAGGUGCUUCUAAGGAAAAGGAAGUCUUCAUCUCGCAAUGAACCUCUUGGCCAUCGUCCCCUCCCCUGCCACCACUAACCAGCCCGGCGAAAAAUCUGAUGGACCCCAAACUGUCGAUUCGCAGCCGCAAGUUGCGCGGAGUUUUCUCCUGAUCACCUUGCCGGUCAGCCUCGGAAAGGCAGAGUCGGGGCUGGUGCUUCGGGGGGCAGCUGACUCAGUGACCGCCCCCACCUCUUAACAACCGCCUCUGCCUUCGUGACACUGACCAAACAAUCUCUGUACUUCCUGCAGUUUUUUUUUCUCUUACUUCAAAUUCGUAGCCUUUUUUUAAGAAAGAAAAUCUCAUCAAAUAAAUGUCUUGAAUUGAACCCUUCCUCGGAAAUGGUGCUGACAUUUUAUUAUUUCUUUUUAAAAACAAAAACAAAUUUUUGUACGUUUGUAAGUAAAUAUUUUAUUGUAUAAUAUUUUUUAUUUUCCUUGCAGCUUCAGGCUUCGAAAUCAAUGCAUGUGACUUGACUCUGUUAAACUGUACAAGGUUAACUCUUAAUUUUUACCUAAUGUGCAAAUAUAUAUAAAUAUAUAAAUAUAUAAAAUGUGUUACAUAGGAUUAAUAAACCGGCUACGCUGCAAUACCAAAGCACACGGCUCCAUAACACGUACUUUGGUGGUACAUAAACGCAGCCCGCUCGCUGCUUUUGUUUCCCGACAGUGGACGAACCACGCCUCUUGAGCUUUCGUGUUUAACUCCGUUUCGCAAAACCACAUUGGUGCUAAGUACUGGGGGAGGGGGAGUUCAGGUGUGCUUAAGAGCCUUUUCAAAACCUGUCCUUUGCAUCACUCAGCUUCAUCUCACCACCGAGGACUAAGCGGGAGUCUUAUCCCUCAAUGAGGGGACUGAAGGAUUGGCGCUAUUCACAGCCUCCGCGUGUGGUACUAUAUUGUCCAGCUAAUGCCGACCAUUUUCUUUAUAAGGCAUGGCAGAUCUUCUGGAACAAUGUCCCAAGGACUUAGGGUCCCUAUUUUUUCUGCUGCAUUUUGCUAACACAACUUAUAGACAUUAUGCAUGUUGUUACAUAAGAUAUUUCAGAGAAAUUCUCCUUCAGUGUGACUGGGCCUCACCCCAAGCCUCCCUUGUAAAUUGUGCUUUAUUUCUAGUUAUCAAUCUAAAGGUUAAUAGGCAUCCAGAACCUGCUGUGGUAAUUUAAGGACCGGUUGGAAACAUAGCGCUAGUCUUUUACUGUAAUCUUUUAAUUGCUUAAAUUAGUGAAAUCCAAUUUUCAAGUUGCUUUAGAAAUAAUCCAGCGCGAUAUCUUAAGUAUUUUUUAAGUUGUAAUAUUUUUUAAGAAGUGAAGCCUUUUACCCUCAUCCUUGCCUGACUCUUGCAAGUUUCAUUAGCCUUGGGAUCUACAAGUCUAUUUUAUCCUGCAUAUUUUAUCCAUUCCCACUCUCCUCAUCCACUGUUGAAUGGCAUGCCCUUCCCUCACACCCGUUGGACCAGUACAAGUGACUACCAACACUCUCAACUUAUCUUUCUCCCCGUCCACAAAGACCUGUGCACUUUCUCCCCAUAAUUAUAUCCAUUUGUCUAUCUCCCUCUCACUCUCCCUCUCUCUUUCUCAUUUGCUUUCCAUCUCUCUCUCUUUCACUUGCUCUCUCUCUCUCUAUCUCUCUCUCUCUAUCUCUCUCUCUCUCUAUCUCUCUCUCUCUCUUUCUCUCUCUAUCUCUAUCUCUCACCACCCAUCCACCCAUUCCCUGGGCCUCCCGCUCUCUCUCCCCACCCAUUCCCUAGUCGCCUCUCUCCCUCUCCACCCAUUCCCUGGAUCUCUCUCUCUCUCUGACUCUUGGCCUGUUUUCAGCAGUUGCCCAAGCCUGCACUGCUUUGGCAUUAAACAGAACUUUUGUAAUUUUGUUUUUCUUAAGAAACAUAAGACUUGAACAUGAAGUAUUGUUAAUGACAAGUUGUUGAAAGAUUUUUUGAUACUUUUCAUUGGCCCUGCUUCUUUUAAGGCAAUCAUGUGAAAAUCUGUAAAUGAUUUUGAGAUCCCAAUA